CUUCUGUUCCGUGGAAACAGCGUGGCUGCACCCGCAGCGUCGGGGAGCGCAGCCUCCUACCUUUCCUCCUCGCUGGAGUGUUGGUGCUGAGAGGCGGCGGCCGGCGGGAUGGAGAGAAGGAGGAUGAACCUGCCCAAGGGGCCGGACACUUUCUGCUUCGACAGGGACGAGUUCAUGAAGGAAGAUUUCGACGUCGAUCAUUUUGUUUCUGACUGUAGGAACCGUGUUCAGCUGGAGGAACUAAGAGAAGAUCUGGAACUCUACUAUAAACUUCUUAAAACAGCCAUGGUCGAGCUCAUCAACAAGGAUUAUGCAGAUUUUGUCAACCUUUCCACAAACUUGGUUGGCAUGGACAAAGCCUUCAAUCAACUUUCUGUGCCUUUGGGACAGUUACGAGAAGAAGUUCUGAUGUGUGUGUUGAGGCUUAUACAAGUUAUUUGAUUAGUUGAAAAGAUUGAAAAAAUCUUAAAUUCACAAAGCUCUAAAGAAACCUCUGCACUAGAAGCAAGCAGCCCUGUCUGGACUAGACAGAUUUUGGAGAGAAUUGCCACAGAAUUUAACCAGUUACAGUUUCAUGCUGUUCAGAGCAAAGGCAUGACUCUUCUGGACAAAGUAAGACCAUGUAUAGCAGGCAUUACGGCCAUGCUGCAGCAUUCCCUGGAAGGCCUGCUGCUAGAAGGGCUUCGGACUUCCAAUGUGGACAUCAUACGGCACUGCCUACCGACCUACGCUACAAUUGACAAGACAUGGGAUGCAGAGGCGUUGGUGACUGUAGAACAGAUCGUUGAGUCUCAUCCAGAUGGCCUGAAGAUCAUGUAUGCUAAUAAGCUCCUGGAGUUCGUUCCUCACCACUGCCGCCUUCUUCGAGAGGUUACAGGAGGAGCCAUCUCAAGCAGACACCGCGAUGCACAAACACAUCCAGAAGGCCUUUGAGGGCUGACAGCCUGCUGGAGCAAUGAGGAAUUCACCCAGGUUUCUGCCUUUCUGCUGGGCCCAGAAAGUUCUGGGUAACCCAGGUGACGUGUCAUGAGAAUACAAGUGUACCUCACACCGUACCUAUCAUCACCUCAGGGUAGACACCAAAAUCCGUGUUCGUAUAUGAAAAUCCUAGAUGCAUACAGAAAUCAAGGGUGAUUCUGUCAUCUUGAAAGAAAAACACACUGUUGCGCUGCCACAUGCCUCGUUUCUCCUCAAGUGACUGCAGGAAGUAGCGAUUGCAGUCAGAAAUCUCAGAAAGAAAAAGUAGAGUAAGGGCAACACCUGAAGUUUACUCCUGAAAAUACUUGGAGAACGACUGUGACCAAUAAACCAGGGCUUAGUUCAUGAGACUAUGUCAAUGAGCUUAUACCAUCCCAUGUCCUGGUCAACCCUCAUGUCUGGGAGAUGGAGGGACGUCUUCAUCAUCCAGAGCUACUAUUAGGGAAAAAGGUGGAGACAAUACUGACAGGAGUCCCUACUUCAGCAGGAGAACGAAAAAAACCUUGCCCCUCCAUAAUCCCAAAUGAAAAUAAACAUCUCGUGGCGCCUGGGUGGCUUGGGGCGUUAAGCUUCUGCCUUUGGCUCGGGU